AUGGCCGACAACUCCGACAAGAAGUCUGCUGACUUCCAACUGGAAACACUGGGAGUGGAAGUCCGUACAGAUGAUCCCAUCAUCGCCGAGCGAGAAGUCAAGGAGAAGGCCCUCCUACGCCGCAUCGAUAAACGCAUGAUGCCGUUGAUGAUGCUGAUCUACGUCUUGAACUACCUCGACCGCAACAACAUCGCCACCGCACGCCUGGGCAACUUUGAGGAAGACAUCGGCCUAGUAGGAACGCAGUAUAACACCAUCAUCUCGAUCUUCUUCGUCGGCUAUAUCCUGACGCAGAUCCCAACUAACAUGAUUCUUGACAAAGUACGACCUUCAGUGUUUUUGCCCGUCGUCAUGUGCUGCUGGGCAGUGGUCAGCGCUUGCUCCGGCGCGGUGCAGAGCUACUCGGGAAUGAUUGCGUUACGCUUUCUUCUCGGAUUCGUAGAAGCGCCAUUCUUUCCCGGUGCCCUGUUCCUGUUCUCGUCAUGGUAUACAAAAAAGGAACUCGCCAAACGUAUCUCAAUUCUUUACGCCGCCGGACAAAUGGCGGGAGCUUUUGGUGGCCUCCUCGGCAGCGCCAUCAUGGGCGGCAUGGACGGCAAAGCCGGCAUCGCGGACUGGCGAUGGCUGUUCAUCAUUGAGGGCACGGCGACGAUCCCCGUCGCGAUCGUGGCCUGCUUCGUGCUCCCCGACUAUCCCGCCGACACCAAAUGGCUCUCCGACGAGGAGCGCAAGCUCGCCGUGCUGCGCAUCGCCGAAGAAGCCAACGAGGAGGACGACCACCAAGCCGAAGGCGCCUUCACCGGCCUGAAAAUGGCCUUCAGCGAUCCAGCGCUGUACCUGAUCUGGUUCAUGCAGCUCGGCCUCAACACCGCCGCGGCCUUCACCAACUUCUUCCCCACGAUCGUGCAGACGCUGGGCUACCCGCAGACCGAGACACUCCUGCUCUCCGCGCCGCCCUACGUCUUCGCCGCGAUCCUCGGCAUCACCAACUCCUGGCACAGCGACAAGACCAACGAGCGCUGGCUGCACAUCCUCUGGCCGCAGGUCUUCUGCAGCGUCGGCUUCAUCAUCUCGGCUUGCACCCUCAACGUCGCCGCCCGCUACACCGCCACCUUCAUGAUGAUGAGCAUCUACGGCAGUUUCGGCUGCAUCCUGUCCUGGGUCUCCACCACGCUGCCGCGGCCCUCGUCCAAGCGCGCCGUCUCCUACGCCGUCGUCAACGCCGGCUCAAACCUCGCGAGCAUCUACGCCAGCUACUUUUACCCCAAGUCCCAGGGCCCCAGGUACUGGCAGGCCAACGUCGCCAAUGUCGCGUUCUCCGGCGCGUGUAUCCUGCUCGCGACCACGCUGCGGUUUUACCUGGCGUGGCGCAAUCGGAAGCUCGCGCGGGCGCUGGAGCAUGAUGCCAGUCUGCAGGGCACGGAUCGCGAUACGGAGAGCUGGACGUUGGCGCACAGGUGGCAGUGUCAGCCGGAUUAUCGGUAUACGCUGUAG